AGUUUCAAAUGGAAUUCUUGCUUUUCAUAUCAGCUAUAUAAAUAAAAGAAAACCAGGCGACUCUAUAUUCAUUACGUUAGCGGCAAUCAUAUCAGUUUUCCAUCUAAUUAUGGUAGAGCGGGUAAAGAGUCGGCUGAAAAAUAUGGGUACGUGGUAUGAUUGUUGUAAAAAGAAAUGUGAGACGAAAAUGUACUUCUUUUACAAGUAUGUGAUACUAAACACUAUCAUCGUAAACUCAAAUAAUUGUACUUGCAUUGUUCUUUUCUUCUAAUCGCCACUAAAAGCAAUCACACUCAAUAAGUUAAAUAAAUAACUGGCUCUAUUAUGUCUAUUAUAAAACAUCAUAGUUUCAUUAAAUCUUUCUCAUUUUUAAAGUACACAAUUUACAUUUGCAGCCAGACUUAUGUACGAGAGUUAAAAAAAAUGUUAAAUCAUCGAAUUAUCAAAUCUAAAUAUUGAACAUAACUGCCGUAACUAAAACAAAUCUAAAUAUAAACCAACAAUCCGACAAAGUGGAACGGGCGAACGCAUUUAAAACGAAUUGGAGUGAAACAGAAUUUUCCAAAUUCAAAAAUUAAAAAGAAAAUUUAUGUUGACACUUCCACUCACCCACUAUUUUUAUUGGUCCACUGUAAUCGGUGUGCGCUCGCUAUUGGUCGAUUUAAAUUGGACUAUGUGGGGGAAAAGGACGAAAAGGCUAGCAUUAGAACGGAAGCUGCAGGUGCGAAAGGGACAGAUAGACACUUGUCAAGUACUUACCGAUAGAGCGUCGUGUUAACGACGAACGCCUAAGGAAGUCGGUUGUUACGGGUCGGUGUAAUAUUGCUGUGGAUUCAAUGUGAAUUGGCUUAUACACUUCCAACUCUGCGUAGGUAUAUAAAUUUGCUUAUUUGCCAAUUUCAUAUACAUAAAUGGUAGCGAAUAGGUAUUUCUACUUUACGCACUAGUUGAUAGGAAUUGAUUUGUUCCAAAGAAAAUUUUCAGUUGAUAAUAUAUUUUUGAAGGGAAUAAGUACCGAUAAAUCGAUAUUCAAUUUCAUAAUUGCGUUUAAAUCGCAGAAUUCUUUCGAAUAAAUUACAACCAUUUCUAUUGCCAAACACAAUAUCAGUUGCUGCUGACAAAGGGCUCAGGGUUUAAUUGAUUAUAAAAUAAUAAAGUACAGACGUACGUCAAUUUUGUACAGCACCGAUUUCAGUUAAUAAAAUCUGCACUUAAAUAAAAUUUAAUUUGCAAACCAUUCGAAGGUUAGAGAAAUACUCAACAAGUUUUAAUAUUCUCAUAUACACCAAAUAAUAACGCGUUUUAUUGCCUCAAUAUAAACAGGCGAGUCGUAAAACGCCAAUUCACAUCGUCCUCACAAUCCGCAUGAGCUAAGCGAUCAAAUCGAAAUCACGUAAACAUCUUCAAGAAAAACUCAACGAUCCCCACUACUUACGCUACUUCGGGGACUUUUUUAAAAAACGACCGCCCCAAAAUAUCUCUACCUUUUUCUAACGCCCACAAAACACGCCCGGGUACCGGUAUAUCUGUUUCGCUCUAAGGCUUAACACGUCAAACAGGCGGGCAAUCUAUCACGCAAAGUUUAUUCGUUUGAGGAACGCUUUUGCGGUGAGGCGAGUCGCGCGGUGGUGGUCAGUUCGAAAUUUAAAUUUUUAAAAUGGAACACAAGUUUAAAAAUUAUAAAGAGCCGUUGACAACGCCGUUUUCUAUAAACGAUAUUUUGACUAAGGAGAAUGAAAAAUGCGAUUUUGAAAAUGCUAUGUAUUCUUCGGACAGUUUCGGGAACUUUUUGAGUAAAUCCGCGUGUUGUAAGGAAGAAUCGUGUGUGAAGAAGGGUGGAUUGGAGAAGAUGAAGUAUUACGAUGAUUGUAACGGCUAUCGUGAUUAUGGAGAAGAUGGCGCCUUGGAUAUGUCGAGGAAGAAUAGUUAUCCAGUCACGGAACUGUCAGAUGACUACGAUUCUCGCUCAUCCAACACGGCCUCACCGCUCCGACGGGCCAACUCCUCGCCCAGCUCCGACAUUGCCUACAAGCCCUUCAACCUCCACUACGACAGGAAAUGCACCACACCACCAUCCGCCUACCCCAUGACCGAAUACUCCCAAAACGGGGGAAGAAAGAAGAGAUCCCGAGCAGCAUUCUCUCACGCUCAAGUCUACGAACUAGAGAGACGAUUUAGCCAACAAAGGUAUCUCUCAGGGCCAGAGCGCGCCGACUUGGCCGUAAGCCUUAAACUUACAGAGACCCAAGUUAAGAUCUGGUUCCAAAAUAGAAGAUACAAGACGAAAAGAAAGCAGUUGCAGAUGCAAGAAAACGGCAUGCUGGCUGCGGCAGCGGCUGCAGCGAACCACGCGAGGAAAGUCGCUGUAAAAGUCCUAGUCAACAAUAAUGGACAACCGGCACUCCCGGACUUGAAAUACCAAAAUCCUAUGCUAGGAAAAACACUAAACCCCCUAUUUACUCCACCGCUGUUGGAAGGAUCUCCGAUAUUAAAACACUUCGCAGGCGUUUACGGGGUGGAUUUUGCUAAAAACCCAGAAUAUAAAGCUCUACUACAAGAAUCUUAUAACCAAGCAGUUCUGCAAUCUCUCUAUGGACCUCAUUUAGGGGUAAAUUACCCUAACUUACCCCUAUCGUAUAUGUACUACCCAGGCCACCCUGCAUUUGGGAUGUCCGUACCAUGUGACCUAGAUAGGACCCCAAUCGACCGAACAGAAGGAGAAAGUUCAGAAAAAGAGAAAGAGAAGGCAGUGGAAAAAAAGAGUCCAGUUGAAGUGAACGAAAACAGUAAUGAAAGUAUGGCCAGUAAUAUAGAAGUGGAAAAUUAAAAUGUAUUUAUUUAAUAAUAUACCAACGUCAAUCGAAAUUUUCGAGUUAUAAAGUAGUUUGAAGUUUUAUUGUAAAAUUAUAAUCACUGUUUUCUAUUAUACUAGUGUUGGGCCAUUACAGUAUUAUUGAUUACACUAUUACUAGUAUAGUAGGCCGCAAUGAUCAGUUUUGGGCUGUUGCCAGACUCAUCAGAAACAACGUAUUAUUAUAGCCAACUUUUCAGUCGAAAACACUCCUCGACAUUUUAUUACGAAACUCACUCAAGUAUUUUUUGUUGUUUCAAUUUAAAUAACUCUAUUAGGUGCAUUUUAUGUUUUAAUAUAAAAUAAAUCUCCGUAACUGGAAAUAUGGCAAAUAAUACCAAAGAUCAGCCAAAGAUUCGAUAUAAUGUAGUUAGUAGAAUUGUUAUUGUUUAGUUAUUAAUCGUUGUAAAUAUAAUUUUAUUAUGGUUAAUGUAAUGUUCUGCGUAGUAAACACGUUUGUAUAUAGUACAAAUAGUUUAAGAGAGCUUCUAUGAAGGUGCAAUAAAGAUUAUUCGAAAUUA